AUGGCACUGCUGGUACCUGUGGGCAUGAUGAAGGCAGUGGGUCAUGCCAUUCGGAGAAGGCCCGAUCGCUUGAGCGAAGAUGAAUGUUCCGAAAUUGACAUCGAUUGGCCCGUUGUUGGUCCUGGAACCCAACCGAGAGACCGGUUUCGACUUUUGAAAGGUACUACACCGCCCCUCAUCCUCUCAGGAACUAAGCCCCUCUCGGCUGUCUUACACCGACUGGCCCAUUCCGGCGGCGCUGACGGGCGGUGGGAGCGGUUGGGUAUGGGACGGUUCAGGCACGAGGGACCCUUCGCCGGCGACGUGGCGGUUGGGUGUCACCGGCUUUGGGGGCUGCAGCCGUCGUCCGCGACGGCGGUAGCGGGAGACUGGGCUGUGGGUUCCCUGUCCCCCGGGAGGGGUUUGGGAACGAGCCCGUCGUGGUCGUCGGCACCGUUCCUGUUGAGGGGGGAGGACCCGCCCUUCACCAAAGAAAACGACGAUGCAGAAAGUUGA